AUGGAGAUAACAGAGGCCACCCCCACGACGCCGGGAGUUGCAAAAGUACUACAGCGAGAUGCAACCGACACCAUACCCGACAGCGCUCGCAAGUCGACGAUUUCUGACCCAAGGACCGACGACCGAAAGGUCGGAACGGCCUCGGAGGAGGGUUUCGCAGCAAAGGAAGGCACUCUCUGUUUCAACUGCGGGAAGAGGGGUCACUGGGCAAAAGACUGCAAGCAGAGGAGAAGCUACCAGGACAGAAACACCAGUAGAAACACCAGAAACACCCCCGAUCGAAGAGGGCGACCAAAUCAGUCAAGCCAGGCAGGCCAACCGGUGACCUUCAAAGGAACAUUAUACCGGGAGGCCGUCCGCAGAAUGAGCGGGAUGAGGUCCAAUGUGAAGCAGCUCUCCAAAAGGUCCUUUUUUGCAGGUAACACCGAAGACAGUGCACAUGACGACAACACCGUCGAGCUAUCGCCGGACUCGGGCGAUGAUUCGGACACUGUCGAUCAACAGCUGUCACAGCUGUUCGACACACCCUCAGAAGAAGCGCGCGCUUCGGAAGGGAGGUGAUAUUUAAUGUAAGUACUGUAGUUAUCUAACUAAUGAUCGGUAACGUGCACCACGCGCUGGUAAAAGAAAAUCAAAGAAAAUUAAUUCUGAGGCUACAUCAUCACGAAAGACCCUUAGGCAUAGACUUAAGCAAUCUUUUUGUUAUGCACAUGGCUUGUUUAUCUGGAUUAUGGC